GCCCGGCCCCAGCUCUUCCCCCGUCUCCCUGUCUUUCUCUCCCACCCCUCACCUCGCUCUCUUUCCCCAGGGUUCGGGAAUGGGCGCGGGCUGGGAGCCCAGCCAGGCCCUCCAGCUCAGAAUGGCUACGGAACAGGUAGAGGUGGGGCCAGGAUUCUCCGGGCAGCCCGGACACGGGGUGUCCCGAGAGCCUCCCUUGACCCCGGUCUCCUUCUCAGGCAUUGGAGGGGGCGCGAAGCCCCGGAAGCCGGGUGUCUCCCCAGGGUUUAGGAGCGGGAACGGGCUGGGAGUCGGGACCCUCCCGGGUGCUGCUGCCCAGCCAGGAUACAGAAAUGCGCUGGGAGCUGGUGCCUUCCCGGGGCUGGGAGCCCAGCCAGGAUUCGGGGGUCGAAACGGUAUCGGUGUUGGGGCUUUUCCCGGAGCAGGAAUUGGAGGGGGCGUGAAGCCUCAGAAGCCAGGACUCAGCGCUGGGAAUGGGCUGGGGGCUGGGGCCUUCCCCGGAGCUGGAGCCCAGCCAGGUCUUGCGGCUCCAAAUGGCUUUGGACCAGGCUUUGGAGGGGGCGGGAAACCCCAGAAGCCAGGAUUCGGGACCGGGGACGGCACCCAGCCAGGCCUUGGAGCAGGAGGGCUGAAACCUCAGAAGCCAGGCCCCCCGGCUCAGAAUGGCUACGGAGCAGGCUUUGGAGGGGAUGUGAACACUCAGAAGCCAGGAUUUGGGAACGGGAACGGCCUGGGAGCUCAGCCAGGCCCAGCAAUACUGCAGGGAUACGGAGCAGGAUAUGGUAAUGGGAACGGACUGGGAGCCAGGCCAGGCCCUGCGGCUGACAACGGCUAUGGAGCAGGCCUGGUGGCCGGCAUGAAGCCCCAGAAGCCAGGUGAGCCUGCCUUGGCCGCCUCUCCCCGUCUCCCCAAACCCUGAGCUUCCCUGCCUC